AUGGGUCCGGGUCAGCGCCCGCUCUCCGAGCUCAGCCCAGUGGCUCACAAGCGCAACUCGCCUAGUUGGAAGGAUCCGGCAAGUAAUGAAUCAUCGCCAUUUGAAAACUCACCAUUGAGCAAUGCUACCUCUCCGCGGCGCUUCUGGCAAGGCCGUGACGCUGGCUCGCCGUACAGGCCCGGCCACGAGAAUAGCGAUCCAUAUGACGGGUCCCCAAGGACACCCGCUGCAAGUAAACGAUCAUCAAUUGAGAAUUUAAUGCGCGCGUCGCGUGUCAAGAACAGCAGCAUGUUCGCUAGAGAGCACAAGCAGGAAUACGAUCCUACCCACAUCCAGGUUUUGGAGAGGCCGCUAGCAAGCGGCAGGCCUCUAAGCCGCCAGUUUCAAAACAGCCAAGAUGGAACAAGUCAGAUUGAUGCUCGACGUCAGCUCCCAUCGCAAUCUGCAGGAUUUAGGCACAGUGGCGAGGGGGUGGGAGCAUCGCCGUCCACGACCAAAAGCGGCGAUGAGGACGCUAGUUCCCCAAUAAAGUCGCCAACUUCUCAGUCGCCAGGUAAAUCCUCGCUAUCGAAAGCAAGCCGGUUUGACCGAGGAUCAGCCUCAUUCGACCCACGGCGCGAAAUUUGGUCUGACGAUGGCGACGAGAGUAGGGUCAGCAUGACCUCUGAAGGAUACAGCUACCAUCGCCAGACAAAGAGUGUCACCUUCGAUGCAGCUCCACCCCAAGUUAACGAAUAUGAGAUGACCACACCAGUUCCUUCAUCCGUGGCUUCUAGCUCGCGUGAAGGAAGCUUUGAAGAUGCAAGCAACGAAGAUAGUUUUGAUCACAGCUAUUCCAUGGAGAUCGAGGACAGUUUUGAUGCCUCUUUAGAAGACACUGACAAAACUCCAGUUGUCCUCCCUGAUGAAUGGCGCUACAUGAGCCCAGACAGCGCUAAUGAUGAGACUGUCGGAAGUGACGGGGAUCCAUUUAACGACGACUUUGGAAGCCCUGGCCCUGACAUCAGACCAAGUUCUAGAGACUCCACCCUGUUCAAGAACCGCAUUGAAUCCCUGGACUCCAACGGAGAGCGCCGACCGCUUCCACCACUUCCCCCUUCGCAGUCCACUCCCCAGACUUCUAGGAGCUCCCCAAGCUCUGGGUUGAAUGCCGCAUUCGAACGUGGAAGCAGUACUCAGCGCGACAUGCCACAGCCUCUUCGACCUGCCUCCUGUUCCAAAUUGGAUAUCGCUAGCCCUAGUCGGAGCUCCCUCUCCCUAGAGGAUAGACUGAAGUUGAUGAUGAGUGGUGAACAUAGCUACCAGUCUGAUGCGGAAACACAGCGCGAGAGGCGAAUGAGGCGCGCAGGAGCAAAGGAGAGAAGUGUUGAGCGUGACCUUGAUCAUAGCCACAAUUCCGAGAAUCAUGAUGAGUCAACUGCAAUUGAGUCUCCUCGCAUUUCCCGCGAGUCAAUUCUGAAGAACAUCAAAAGGCAAGAAGAGUCUUCUGAGUUGAGUGACUAUCAUGAUACUUCGCACGGCUCUGGAAAUUACAACUCCUUGCCCUUGGACCCGGAUGUACCAAUUCCUUCGCUGGAAACCGACCAACUAUUCGAAGACGAGACUGUUAUUAUAAAAGAAGAGGAGGAUGAAGACGAUAUUGACCUCUACUCAGUCCCCAGUUUCGUCGAGAAUGAUACGAAUGAUGAGUCUGGCCAUGCUGAGAUGCAGGGUCACGUUGUAGAUGACUCUAGCAGUCGCUACUCUGAUACAUCCAAGGACGACUUACCUACGCCUCCAGGAGGUACUUUACACAGCUUCGACAUGGGAUCCGGAGAAUUGACCCCUACCAAGGCUGUUCAUUCCCCUCGAUACCCUGAGCAUGAUUUGCUGGCAUCAUCAAUGUCCGGCGCUGAUGCAGACCCUAACUUUGAUGUUCAGUUUACAUCUUACAUCGAUCAGUCCACACCUCCUGCUGAAGAUCGGCUUGCGCAGCCUCCUCGCAUUGAGCUGGAAAAUAUCCGUAAUUCGCUUGAUCGGCCUGGGAGCCCCGAUUCUGUUAUUCGUCAUCCAAUUUCACCUGCCGAAUCCCCUGACCAGUCGCUUAUCGUUCCUGAACCCAUUGCGACUAUUAAAGCCCCAGGUGGUACUUACAAGACACGCACCUCGUUGACUCCGGCAGAUGUAAACACUAUGGCAGCAACACGCCGCAGAGUCAGUGGUCAAGAUGUUCCCGUUUCACCCAUUGAGGAGUUCAAGCCUCUACCGCGUGUAGAGCAAUCUACCAAGGAAGAAGAGAGCAACGUAGCUGAAGAACCAAAAGAACACAAAGAACACCAAGAACACAAGCCUUUGGAACUCGCACCACUGCCUGAAAAGUCUCGAAUUAGCUCACUGGUUAAGCUUGACAUUAAAAUGGACUCUGGCAGCGAUGGCUUUGGCCUUGAUGCCGAGUUUGACCGAGUUAUGGAGGCUCAAAAGGUAGCAUUUGACAUUCCCUUUUCUCAAGACCCAACACAGGCAUUAGACACAGGCAGUUCAGCACAAAAAACUCCAUCCACCACCUUUGACAGAAACACAGCUGACACGACUACAACAAAACAGAGAGGCUACCUCAUGAGACAGAACACGAAGAUGGUAGUUGCAACAAGCCGUCCAGAGGAUGAUGGUAACACGGAAUCCCUAGCUGCUCCAAGCUCCCCAAGGAAAGCCAGCCAGCAAACCUGGACGACUGAGCCUUGGACCCCCAAGGCAAGGCGCCAAAGCAUUAAGAUGGCCGGAUCAAUUCCUCGCAAGACAAUUGCGGAGGAGCCUGCCCCACCGCUACCUGGACAAGAAAGCACUGUUAAGGAUGCAUCAAAGGGCACCGAAGAAGCCGCAGAGGCUGAAGCUGGCGAUGCCGGUGACAACGCUGGAGAAGAUGCCGACCGUGGAAGACUUUUUGUCAAGGUGGUUGGUGCUAAAGAUUUGGACCUUCCACUUCCUCGAGGUGAACGAUCCUACUUCUCGCUAACUUUGGACAAUGGUUUACAUUGUGUUACAACCUCGUGUCUAGAGCUCGGUAGAUCCGCUCCAAUUGGCCAGGAGUUUGAGCUUGUAGUUAUGCAGGAGCUUGAGUUCCAGUUGACUCUGCAGAUGAAACCAGACCAAAUCAAACCUAAACCACAGCCGGUACGGCCCGCUUCCCCGGCUAAAGCUCCAAAGCCACAGAAAUCGUCUGCCUUUAGCCGUGUCUUUGCAUCCCCCAAGAAACGUCGGGAGAUGGAGCUUCGCCAGCAGCAAGAGGCACAACAACUGCAGAAAAGACAGGCCGAAGAAAAGGCGUUGGCCAACAUUAUAGACCCUUGGGAGAGAGUCAGAAAGAUUGUGGACAAAGAUGGUAACUUUGCUCGCGCUUACGUCUCAUUGGCUGAUUUCGAGGAGAAAGCCUUUGGCCGCCCACUUACUGUUGACGUGACUUGCUUUAACGAAUGGGCCAUUGAUGAGACUGUAAGCAGUGUUAAGAGCAAACGAAGCACUGCUACCACUGUCUCCCGUCGGCCUCCAUAUAAGAUUGGUACCUUGGAACUUCAGUUGCUGUAUGUUCCCAAGCCCAAAGGCGCAACUGACGAUGACAUGCCAAAGAGCAUGAAUGCCUGUAUCCGUGAAAUGAGAGACGCGGACCAUGCGGCUGCUAGAAGUUGGGAAGGAUUUUUGUCCCAGCAAGGAGGCGACUGUCCAUACUGGCGUCGUCGUCUCUUCAAACUCCAAGGAUCCAAACUAACUGCCUUCCACGAGGUUACUCGACAACCUCGUGCCACUAUCAACUUGGCCAAGGCAGUGAAGUUGAUCGAUGACAGGUCAUCUCUAACCCAGAAAGAAACAUCUGCCAAGGGUGGCCGCAGACGUAAAUCUGCGUUCGCCGAAGAAGAAGAAGGUUACAUGUUUGUCGAAGAAGGUUUCCGAAUCCGUUUCGGCAACGGGGAGGUCAUUGACUUCUACGCAGACAGCAGAGUCGAGAAGGACGGUUGGAUGAAAGUCCUUUCUGAAACCGUUGGAAAGGGCCAUUCCUCCGGAAGUGGCCAAGCCAAACCGUGGACUGACCUCGUCCUCCGCCGUGAGAAGAACCUCAACAUCAAACGGGCCGUUGAGGAGAAGAAGCCACCAACCGUUGAAGAAAGAAAGCUUGUUAGACACUCAUACGCACCUCCACCUCCUCCAAAGGAGCAACACAUUGGCCAAACUCGGCCAACCCCUGGGGCUAUUCCACGCCCCAGACACCAACCACAGCUAUCACAGCCCAACAUCAGCUCCCAAGAGGCUCGACGCCAAAAGACCCGAUCGCUUAUCUUCUAA